ACCUCUCUCCCUCUCUCGGCUAUAAAAGUCUGAAAGAUCCGUCACACUUAUCAUGGCAUAUAUUUGCAAAGAGUCCAAAGUGACAGAUCGAGAGAGAGAGAGAGAGAGAGAUGAAGCCAUUGAAAUUUUCAGACUGUGAAAAAGAGAAGGGUUGUGUUAAAUGGGUUGAGAAGUACUUCAAGGACUGUCUCUGCAACCUCAACGACCAACUCUCAUUCGGUAUUGGUUUAGCAAGUCUGGUUUGUUGGGGUGUUGCUGAAAUCCCUCAAAUCAUCACCAACUUCCACAACAAGUCCGGCCAUGGCCUGUCUCUCUCAUUUCUCUGCACUUGGAUUGUUGGUGACAUCUUCAACCUAGUGGGUUGCUUUCUCGAGCCUGCCACGUUGCCGACCCAGUUCUACACUGCAUUGCUAUACACAACAAUCACAGUAAUAUUGGUGUUGCAAUGCAUAUAUUAUGAUCACUUUCUCCAAUGGUGGAAGCAUCGGAACAUUCAAGUCAAUCUGGUAAAAGAUGAGUCAAAACCUUUGAAAUCCGAUUAUGUCGACUCAAGUAGAGCUUCAACAAAUACCCCUAGUGUUGAAGUACCUAAACGGAGAGAAUUCUAUUAUACGUCAGCAAGAUCAUUGGCUAGGAGCAAUACGCCACCAUUCCAAUCUUCUUAUAUUAGGGCUAAAAGUGGUCCUUCUGCUUUGGAGGUUUACAGUGAUUCAUCAUCUGAAGAUGACACAACUCCAGCUCCCUCCAACAAGUCCCAGCCUCAGCGAAUUCCACGUUCCUUGGGUUAUGGAACCUUCCUGGCUGCCUCAGCCAAAUUGCCCAUCCAAAGCCGGGCUUUAACAGAAGAAGGAUACAUGAAACGAACUGGGAUGACAUUAUUGCAGGAGCAUGGAUUAAUGCAAGACUUGGCAUGGGGACAAUGGUUGGGAUGGUUGAUGGCAGCCAUAUACAUGGGCGGUCGAGUCCCACAAAUUUGGUUGAAUAUCAAAAGAGGGAGUGUGGAGGGCUUGAACCCUUUCAUGUUCAUCCUUGCCCUCAUUGCCAAUGUCACUUACACUGGAAGUAUUCUAGUGAGAAGCACUGAAUGGGAGAAGAUAAAACCUAACUUGCCUUGGUUGCUGGAUGCAGUAGUCUGUGUGCUGCUUGAUCUCUUUAUCAUCCUUCAGUACGUUUACUACAGGUAUUUGAAGCAAAAGAGGAAGAUCGACUCCAUUGAAGCAUAUUAUGUAGACCCUGUGGAUGUCAAAUCUAUUGUAUCAUCAUAAGUAUCCAUCUUUAUCCAUCUCUAUCCAUCUCAUUGUGUAUUUAAAUAUGAGUUUGAUUAUUUGUACUGCUCUUGAUGAGGUGAUUUCAACUACUAUUGAGUGAUUGUAUAUGCAUUGUCUUUUUUGUUUUUUGUA